AUGGGCACAGCUGGCACCGACGCGCGCGGCUGGCACAUGCAGAAGUGGAAGGUGCAGCAGGGGCGGCUGGCGCUGUUGGCCUUUUCCCGCGCCCCUGUGCCCGUCCAUCGUGCGUCACCAUCGUUGACUCACCCGUCCUCUUUAUCCCGUUUCUCGCGCACCGCCGCCUCUUACCCGGUUUCCGUUUUCCGUUUCCGGUUUCCGUUUUCCCGUUUUCCGUUUUCCGUUUUCCUUUUUCCCGUUUUCCACCUCUUCCCCUCACCCUCCGCCCUUCCCCUCACCCUCCGCCUUUCUCCUCGCCCUCCGCCCUUCCCCCACCCUCCGCCCUUCCCCUCAUCCUCCGCCCUUCCCCUCACCCUCCGCCCUUCUCCUCACCCCCAUGAACAGGCGAGCGACCGGUUCAACAUCAGCAGCCAGUUGGAGCACAUGCAGGCGAGAUACGUGGGCACGGGUCAUGCUGACACCACCAACAAGUGGGCAGUGAGCAUCCACCGGGACAGCUAUGCCUCCUACGUGGGGCAUCAUCCGCUGCUGACCUUCCAUCCUCCCACCGAUCGACCCUUCAUCUUGCUUUCUCUCCCUUGUCCCCUCAUCAAUGCAGCGAGUGGGCAGUGGACACCAUCCACUGAGACAGCUAUGCUCCCCACCGAGUGGGCGGUGAAUGUCCACCGGGACAGCUAUGCCUCCUACGUGGGGCAUCAUCCGCUGCUGGCCUUCUUUGCCGUGGCGGAGAAUGAGAGCAUCGGCCGCGAGCGAUACAACUUCAUGCAGCGCAUGCUGCUGCCAUGUGGGCUGCCGCCAGACCGCGACGAGGAGUGA